AAAUAUAAAAAUGUAAAAUUUAUGAGAAACUGUGAAAAUCUGAGUUUCAAAGGUCAAAUUUACACGUUUUUUUCUAAUUUGAGAUCAAUCUCUUUGUCGCAAAUUUUUGACUUUUUAAACUCAGAAAUUUCUAGAAAAUGUUUAAUAAUAAUCUCAAAAUAAAUAAAUUUGAGUUUUUGCUCUCAAAUUUUCUAGAGACUUUUUUUUUAAUUCAAUGUAUAUUUUUGAAAAGACGAUUAACCACCCCACAUUUUUCAUUCUUCACGCCAAACAUGUUGGUAAAACAACAAGUUCUUCUCUUUCUAACCCUGCAGAAGUGCGAUGAAGUGGGAGGCCAGUAAGUUCUGCAAAGUACAGGAUGUAUUUUACAUAUCAGAAACCACACAGCCACAGAAGAUGUGCCAGGCUUUAGAUAAGACACAAGAGGAAGUGAAUAAAGGUUAGUCAUAAAGCAGCUUUUACAGAAAGUCACACAUAAGUUGCACAAAACAAACAAAACAAAGUCAGUAUAUAAAAGCUUGGAGGAACAAAUUGGGUUUUAGUUUGUUUUUUAAAAUGUUCUCAUAAUAAAGGCAGACAGUUAUAUGGGACUACUGGGAACUUUUCCGGUGGGCUGGUAGUUUAGUGGGCUGUUGGUUUGGUUCAUGAAGAAGCUGUCGCGCUCGCCACAACAUAGCCUUGUUUUUUAUACCUCAAACUGCAGAACAUCAAAUAACUUCUCUAUUUUUAUUUUUACCGCUCCCAUCAGCCAGACCUCAACGCACUUAUUAAAACUCAACAGUCACAAAACGGAAAAACCUCGUUCCUACUGGUGCAACAUAAAUUAAAUUUCUCUGUUCGUCUCUCCAGCAGAGAGAUACAAAGUACAGUCGAUUGUUGUUAAGUUGUUGUAAAAAUAAUAAUAAUACUGCAGCAAUAAAUGCUGUUCUAUUUGAAAUGGAAAAAGUGACCCUACUGAUAUAGAACUGUUUUACUGUUUACCAUAAAUUACCAAACAUCUGCAACAAAAAACUAAUUUCCAGAUUUUAUUAUCUUCACAAAAUCAGGUUUAAAUGCUAGUAAUUUAGAUUAUAUCUGCUGUUGAAAGAUCACAACCCUUGAGCACCAAUUUAAUUUUGACAUUAAUUACUUUUUCUCUAAUGCCCUUAGAUAUUUUAUUCAUAUUUGUAUCUUGUUCUCUGUAUGUUUACAGUUUGAACUAAUGUUACUGGGGAAAAAAUAGAAUAUGAGGAAAUGAAACUGCUGCAUAAACGGCUUUCAUCCACUUUAAAAUAAAAGCAUAAAUAUAAAUGUCCAACUACUUGGAAGUCUUCGUAACAGCUGAUAAACAUUUUUCACUCUUACUACAGUCAUUACUUUUACUUGAGUAAGAAAAAUUUAAGUAUUUUUACUUGAGGACAUUAUUUUGUUACUCUGUCCAUCUUUGUCUAAUAUAAAAGGAACAGGAAACAGACAUGCAACAGUUUCUAAAAUACAUGUUUCACAAAAACACUAACAUUGACAGGGCAGCAGACCUUAAAUGAGCAACAACCAAAAUAACUCUUCUUCUACUGUUGAGGGCAAUUUCCAUUUCCUCCGUGAUUCGCAGAAAGAUGAUCUGUUUCUAAACUUAGCUAGAUUGUCUCACACUAACUCAAGUACAGACUUUUUCAGCACAUCGUUUUGUGAAGAUCGCUGAUAUGUGAGCAUUUCUUAAAAGCAAAAGGAUGCAGAUAAACUCAUCCAGAGGCUGUUUACAAAACAGAAUUCGAUGAAGAUUACAAAAUGGGAUCAGAGGACGUAGCUAGAGCAAAAAGACAUUCAAGAUGUUCCAAAGGCAACGUGAUUUUCCUCUUGAUGUUUCUGAUCUGUUCUGCUGUUCCUGCCAGUGGAUUUUCACUGAAGAGCUGCAGCCUGAGCAAGACUAUAGCUGUAUGUGUGCAGAGGCGACUGACUGCUAUUCCUCAGGAUAUUCCUCCGACCGUUACCGGCUUUGACCUUUCUGUAAACAGGUUGACAAAGAUACGAUCUUCAGAUUUCACACCCUUACCUCUUCUAGUGUACUUGGAACUGAAUCGCAAUAAGAUUUUACAUAUCGAAAGCGCUGCUUUUGCCUCUCUGACUUCCCUCCAAAAGUUAAAUCUUAACAACAAUAAAGUUAUUAAACUAGAGGAAAGAGCUUUUGAUGGGUUGAGCAACCUCACUGAGUUACGAAUUAAUCAUAACCAGAUAAAAACUGUGUCAUCCACAUCUUUCCAGUCUUUGAGGAAAUUAAAAGUUUUGGAUAUUUCACACAACAAACUGAAACAGACCACAGAUGUUCAACUCAUACUGCAGCAUAUGCCACAGCUACAAGAGUUGGUGCUUAAAGGAAAUAGUUUAAAAGCCUUUCAUUCAUGGGAACUUACCAACAACUCACUCAAUCUUUGCAGACUUGAUUUGACUUUUAAUCCUUUGGAAGACUUUAGGAUCACUGCUGACAUCUUCCAAAAUCUCACCUGUCUGAAGAUCGGCAAUCCUAACGGAAACAAACCAAUGAGGUGGAAUCUGAAAAACCACACUUUCUUGAGCACAGUGUCCAGUCUUGACAUCACUGGGCUGAUUAUGUCUCUUGAUGAUAUGAAAGAAUUAUUUAAAGCUGUAAACUCAUCGCUCAUCUUUCUGCGGAUGAACAGCAUGAAACGAAACCAAAGUCAACUCAUCAACAUUUCCUGCUCCAUCCCAACAAUGUCUAAAUUGCAUUUUCGACACAAUAAGCUCAAGAUGAUCCAUUCAGAUUUGUUCAAAUCAUGUGUCCAUCUGACUGAGUUAGAUUUAGCAGAUAAUUCUAUAGAAAUUAUCCAAGAAAAUGCCUUCACAGCGCUAAAAGGUUUAAGGAUUUUGGGUCUGAGUAGAAAUAAACUUUCAUCUGUUCCAAACGCAACAAGGAAUCUACAAAAUCUUUCUGAGCUUGAUCUAGAUAGCAACACGAUCCGCUCAAUCACAUGUCAAGAUUUCUCCAAUAAGACGAUGCUGAAGGAACUAAGCAUGAAGAAUAACUCAAUCCCAGCUCUGAACAAAUGUGCCUUCAAGGAUUUGCUACGACUGCAAGUUCUCAGAUUACAAUCCAACCAGAUAGCACAUUUAAAUGGAUCUUUUGAAAAUCAUCUUUCAAACCUUAAACGUCUGUAUUUGAAUGGAAAUAAACUUACUAAAAUUUUACCAAAGGAAUUUAGGAGCUUGCGGUCUCUCCUUAACUUAUCGUUACAUCAAAAUCAAAUAAAGGACUUUUAUAAAGACAGUUUUGUUGGACUGACAAAUCUCACUGAUGUCUGCUUGCAGACAAACAGUAUCAAAAGAGAGGCCUUAAAGUCAGGUGUUUUCAAUGCUCUGAUUAAUCUAAGAAGACUGGAUCUAUCUUCUAAUCACAUUAAAUAUUUUGACAGUCACCCUCUGACAUAUCCACCAUUUUCUAAUCUGUCCCGUUUGGAGGAGUUGUCUAUUAUUGGUCAGCACUCUUCUGGAAAGUCCUGUCUGCCUGCAAAUUUCCUGCAAGGUUUAAACAACUUGCUGAGUUUCUAUGCCAAAAGAAUUCAUAUUAUCUACAUUGAUAAAGACACAUUUAAAUACACCCCAAAGCUAGAAACUCUUGAUCUUGGGUCAAAUGAUUUGAGGACUCUGUCUUCAGAACUGUUUGCCCCAAUUCAAAACCUUAAAAACCUCUACAUACACCGAACAGGUCUUCAGUCGUUAGAUUUCUUCAUAGAUGCCAGUCUGACCAAGCUGGAGUUCCUGGAGGGAAGACACAACCAAUACUCAGUCAUCACUGAAGACGUAAUCAAGUCGCUUCCAUCGCUCCUGUGUGUUGACUUUACAUAUAUCAGUUUCUCCUGUGACUGUGACAAUGCCUGGUUCCUUAACUGGACAAUAGCAAAUACACAAACACAGGUUAAUGAUGCGUAUAACUACUCUUGCAACUAUCCAGAUGACUUCAAAGGCAAAAAGCUCUUGGGUUUCGACUUCACAUCCUGCUUACAGGAUAAGGGUUUCAUCUGCUUUGUGUCCACAACAUGCAUGGUUCUCUUUGUCAUGGUUAUGUCCUUCAGCUACCAUUUCAUGAGGUCCCAACUUUACAUCGCCUACUACCUAUUCUGGGCUUGGCUCUUUGACUCAAAGUACAAAAAUAAGCAAGCUCCUCAUCAGUACGACGCCUUUAUCUCCUACAACUCCAGCGAUGAGCCUUGGGUGAUUGGUGAACUGUUACCCAAACUGGAAGGAGAGCAGGGCUGGAGGCUGUGUCUGCACCAUCGAGACUUUGAACCAGGGAAGCCCAUCAUAGACAACAUCACAGAUGCCAUCUAUAGCAGCAGGAAGACGAUCUGUGUGAUCAGCCGCAGAUAUCUCAGGAGCGAGUGGUGCUCCAGGGAGGUCCAGACAGCCAGUUUCCGUCUCUUUGACGAGCAGAAGGAUGUGCUGAUCCUGGUGUUUUUGGAGGACAUUCCCACCUACCUGCUGUCUCCUUUCCACCGAAUGAGGAAGCUGCUGAAGAAGCAGACCUACCUGAGCUGGCCGCGCGCCGCCGGCCACCCAGAGGUAUUCUGGGAAAACCUGAGGAAGGCUCUGCAGACCGGAAACGAUCCAAAUGAGGAGAAAUUACAGCUCGCUGUGACAGAAACGUACUGAUGAGAAGGAAGGGAGCAAAUAAUGACUUCCUUCUGGACGAUCUGGGAUUAUUUUCUGCAACAUGUGAACAACAGAGGAUUUAAUUUACAUCUCUAUCAACUAAAAGAUAUUGUAGUAUGAGCUGAAAAACAGGUUUUUAAAAGUUCAGACAUUGUAGAACAGCUCUGGAAACCUUACUGUCUUUUUCUUUAGCAUGAUUUGAUAAAUAUUGGUUUCUGUACCGUUGAUUUUAAGGUUCUGUGUUUUUAUUUUUAUGAUUUUAUAGCAGUAAAAGUUAUUUUUCCAGUAAAUCUCACCUGCGUUUCUAUACCUGACAGACUUCUAGUUGUGUUUGGUCAGAUCCUGUUUCUCUUUUUUUCUCUAACUGUGUUUUCCUUUUAGAUAUUAUAUGUAUGCAUUAUUUUUGCCUUUUGGUAAUCUUUAAUAAAAACAAAAAUGAGAAAAUAAACUUAAAUUUAUUUG